AUGGCCAGGGGGGAAGCACUGAUCGGCAAGCAGUCGGAUUCGACGUGGGUUGCAACAGCCGAGUUCGACAAAGUAUUCCUUGCUAGGAGUGAGCAAGAACGGUGUAAUUGUAUCCAAUGGAGCCGAAGCCGUGUGCAGACGGAGCCGUCGAGUUGCGAACACGCGCUGUUGGUUGGUUGCGAGGGAGGAGAGGAGGCGAACUGCAAAGGGAGGGCAAGCCAGGCGACGUACGCCCAGGUGGGAGAACAAAGGAACAAAAUCGAGCCGUAG